AUGAAGUUCUUCGCUGUUUUAGCUUUCUGUGUCGUCGGUGCCAUUGCCGGACCAUUAUCUUCUGACGAAGCUGCUCUUGUUAAGUCAUCAUGGGAUCAAGUCAAGCAUAAUGAAGUCGACAUCUUAUAUGCUGUCUUCAAAGCCUAUCCAGAUAUCCAAGCUAAAUUCCCACAGUUUGUUGGAAAGGAUCUCGACUCAAUCAAGGACGGUCGUGAGUUUGCAACUCAUGCAACAAGAAUUGUUUCAUUCUUGUCAGAAGUUGUCACUCUCUCAGGAAAUGAAAGCAAUUUGGCUGCAGUCCACACACUCGUCACAAAAUUAGGAAAGGAUCACAAGGCUCGUGGUGUCACAAAAUCUCAAUUCACAAACUUCCGCACUGCUCUCGUCUCAUACCUUUCAAGCCAUGUUUCAUGGGGUGAAAAUGUUGCUGCUGCCUGGAACCACGCUUUAGAUAACACAAUGGCCAUCGCAUUCAAACAACUUGAUGAUUAA